AUCUAAGACCACGCCACAGAUAAUACGCACUAAUAGGUCAUUUUUGAAUUUUGUUUAGUUUGCUUAGUUCAAAAAUGAUAUAUUAGAAUUGUAUUGAGAAGUUGUCAUUUUAUUGGUUGUAAAGAAAAGUGGCGCGUGUCGUCAAGACUUAAGAUCCAGGAAGUACAUGAACUGCUGUCGAAGAAACAGGAGUGAAAUCUGAAGAAGUAGAAAAGAGCAAUGGCAGAAUCUUUACCAACAUCACCAAAACAAAACGAGGACAGGACGAGUCUGGAUAGACCUGUAACAACUCUGUCAUCCUCCAGUGGUCCUCUGUCAGAGGAGCUCCAGUGUUCGAUCUGUCUGGAUGUGUUCACUGAUCCAGUCAGCACUCCAUGUGGACACAACUUCUGUAAGAGCUGCCUGAACCAGUGCUGGGACAACAGUCACACCUACUCAUGCCCAUUAUGUAAAGAAACAUUCAGUAAAAGACCCGACCUCAAGAUCAACACAGCACUUAGAGAGGUUGUGCUGCUCUUUAAAGGAAAAUCUGGUCAGAGUAAAUCUGAGGUUCUCUGUGACAUCUGUGAAGAUAUAAAGAUGAAAGCCCUGAAGAUCUGCCUGGUGUGUCAGAUCUCUUACUGUCAAACUCACCUGGAGCCUCAUCAGAGAGUCCCAAAGUUAAAGAAACACAAACUGAUCGAUCCUGUGGAGAAACUUGAGGACUAUAUCUGUCAGAAACAUGAGAAACCUCUGGAGCUGUUCUGUCGAGAUGAUCAGACAUGUGUGUGUUUGCUCUGUGCUGUGACAAAUCACAGGAAUCACAACACUGUUUCUGUAGAGGAGGAGAGCGAAGAGAGGAAGUCUCAGCUGAUGAAGAUGCAGACAGACAUGCAGCAGAUGAUCCAGGACAGAAUGAAGAGGAUUCAAGACCUUAAACACAUAGAAGAACUCAGAAAAGAAAGGUCAGAGAAAGAGAAAGCAGAGAGUAUUGAGCUCUUCACUGAUCUGAUCCGCUCCAUUGAGAGAUGUCAGUCUGAGCUGCUGGAGAUGAUGGUGCAGAAGCAGAAAGCAGCAGAGAAGCAGGCUGAAGAGCUCAUUAAAGAGCUGGAGCAGGAGAUCACUGAGCUAAAGAGGAGAAACACUGAGCUGGAGCAGCUCUCACACACUGAGGAUCACCUGCACCUCCUACAGAUUUACCCGUCCCUGAGCAGACCUGCUCACACCAGCAGCUGCACUGAGAUCAGUCUUAGUGACACUCAUGAGAGUGUGGAGACUCUGAUGAGAUCUCUGACUCAACUGAAGGAGACUCUAGAUGAGAAACUCAGCAACACUGAGCUGAAGAGGAUGCAGCAAUAUACAGUGAAUGUGACUCUGGAUCCUGAUACAUCUCAUCCAGUACUCAUCCUGUCUAAUGGUGGAAAACAGGUCAAAUGUGGAAACCUUAUGCUUAUACUCCCAGACAACCCAGAGAGGUUUGACACUUGUUAUUGUGUCCUGGCAAAAGAGGGAUUCAGCUCAGGAAAAUUUUAUUUUGAGGUGCAGGUAAAUGGAAAGACUAAGUGGGAUUUAGGAGUGGUCAGAGAAUCCAUUAACAGGAAGGGAAUGAUCACACCAACUCCUGAGGCAGGAUACUGGAUUAUAGGUCUGAGGAACGAGAAUCAGUAUGAGGCCCGUGAAUCUUCUCCUGUUUCUCUGUCUCUGAAAGUGAAGCCUCAGGUAGUUGGUGUGUUUGUGGAUUAUGAGGAGGGUCUGGUCUCCUUUUAUGAUGUGGAGUCCAGAUCUCAUAUUUAUUCUUUCACUGGUCAGUCUUUCACUGAGAAACUCUUUCCAUUCUUUAGCCCUUGUAAUAAAGAAAAAGGUAAAAAUGCAGCACCUCUGAUCAUCUCACAUGUCAGAAAAUAAGGUUUUAUUGCUAUGUAUACUGUUUUCAAAUGAUGAGACAUUUCAUCACAUUUUCUUUUAGUAAUUUGUUUUCCAGCUUUGAAAAUCUACUGAAAGUACUGCUGUAAAUAAAAUUGUACUUAAUUUGUAUAAAGUAUAAUUUUGUUCAUAAAUUGUUUUUUUCUAAAGGCUAAAAUGUUUGCUCAGUCCAUUUUCUUUUUUCUGCUGUACCUGUGAAAGUGAAACUGCAUGUAAAAUGUUCUGUCUGAACAAACAUCUGAAUAAAGAGCUGUGUUUGUUUC